AUGACGACUUUCGGUUGUGCCAUGUGGGAUCGUCGCGACUGGUUUCAGCAGCUUUUUGGUUUUAAGGAGGCGGACUAUGACGAGACAAAGAAGAUGCUGAAAGUUGAAAAUGAUGCUGACAAGCCCGGAAUGCUCGUUCUCAAGAGUUUGGCCAAUGGGUCUCUUGGAUUCCGAUGGAGCUCUGCCAUGCCGCUAUUAGCACGCGAAGCCGGGACGUUUUUUCGCAUUGGCCGCUUCGAGACACCCAGCCUCAAAGAAUUGAGGUCUAAGGUCUUGGAGGAUGAGCCAAAAGCCUUGGUGCAAAGGCGCUUGAAGGUCACCAAUGAGAUUGGCGAUGUUGCGUUGAAACAUGCGCUGCCUGAGAACAGGCUCGCAACCUUUCAAGUGGCCUCGCAAUUCAAUUGCCUGGAGUUUGUGGGCCCAUCAGUGGUGCCGGAGGAUGGUAUCACAGGUUAUGUUAUGGACCGAACGCAAGGCCCUGCCUGUUCCAUCGCCUGUGGCCCCGCGACUGCUUUCCGCAAUUUCUUCGUGCCCAUGCCUUCGGGACAGGAAGGGCAACGGAAGGGAAUGCAAAUCAACAACCUGGAGGAUUUCUCUGCCGAGCUCCAGCGACUCUGCCAGCCCGAGCCUUCGGGCCCCGAAGGGCGCCCCGAAGGGCGCCUAGGCGCCGCGCCCUCCUUCCGAGUGACCAGUGGCUACACGCAAGCGUCACACCGAGAGUUGCAGAAACUCAACAGAUCUUUGUCGCGCCUUUCCAACGAAGACCUGGAGGCGCUCCGCGACACGCUGCGCAUCGGCCUGCAUGAGGAGGUGCAAGUGACGGCCACCGCAUGGGGAGCCAAGCGCUUGGCGACGGAGGAGCAGCUAGUGACGCAAGUGUUUGGUUCUGCCUGUUCAGUGGCUUACAAUCGGGACAGUUCCAGCGAAGAUUGGCAGCCCUUGGCAACGCUGAUCUUAGAGGCAUCAUAUGAGGCAACCCUUUUGGCAGCCUUGAAGCAAGCGAAAAAACAUGCUGGACAGGAGGGCUCAAAGAAAGUCUUCCUGACUUGCUUGGGAGGUGGUGUUUUUGGCAAUUCCAUGGAGUGGAUCGUGCAGGCCAUGGACCGUGCGUUUCAGCGGCUGCAAGACGCGGAUUUGGACGUGCGCAUCGUGACCUAUGCAGGCUCGCCAGGUCCCGAGCUCAGAUGCUUGGAACGCUGAGCGAACGCUGGGCGGAAAAAAC